AGGGCUUCCUACCUCGUAUGAGCAACCGAGAAACACAUUUCAAUAGUUUUAGUCCUCGGAAUCCCCAGUAUCAACCUGGCUACUAUCCCACAGUUUGCCCUUGCUUCCACCCGAACCUUGUCUCACCGAAUAUAACAGGCCUCCAGUUUCCUCCCAGACGUUUUUACCAGGCUGAAGGUCCCAUGACCGUGUUCGACCCCAACCGCAACUUACAAACUUCCGAAAGCCAGGAAGUGAAAAAGCCUGAAGUUAACUUGGAUGUAGUUUUCCAGAUUGCAGAUGAGGUGAUGCAAACUUCACCCAGUGCCUGUCUGGUGAAAGUGGAGAGCGCAGAGAAACCCGUCUCUGUGCCACAGCCUUCCUCUGACCCCAGGGAUGCACUCGCAUAUAAAAACAGCAGAGCUCCUGUAGUUAAAAAGGAGAAUGAGGAGCUUGUGGUUUCAGUACCUGAGCAAAUGGCUGAAGAUGUGAUAUAUGAGGUUCAGUUUGAUCAAGACAAUGAUGCCGAGCUCGUAAACGUCGAGGUUAGCAACUCGGUUCAGGAUUAAGAUGAGCAGGACAGCACAGGGACUUGCUUCUUAGAUCUCAGCUCACUGAUUGAUUCAGCUUGCGACAAGAAGUAUCCACAAUGAGUUCACAGUGCGACUUCAGGCUCCACUUUGAUGAUUACUUCCUGUGUAAAAAAAAAAAAGAAGAAGUUGUUUUCAUAUAAAUCUUUUCUCUUUAGUUUCUUUUGUGAUUGUGCAGUUGUGCUUUUUGCUGUAACUAGAAUAAUUUCAACUGUAGUAUGUUUGUUUUGAACCAUUUAAAAUUUCACAUCAAAAGGUAUGCAUGUUUUUAAGGACUGUAAUUUGAUAUGAAGACUUUGGAAAGGAUUCUUAUGAAUUGUAGUGUUGUACGACUCAGCUACUUUAACUCGAAGCAGUGGUGUGUGUCAUAGCGGAAAACAGAACCCUCUGUUCAAUUACAUUUCUUAGUGAGAAAUUGCUUUUAUUUUUCAUUUCAUUUCUUGUCUGAAGCACCUUUAAAACCUGUGAAUGUCACGAUUUUUAAAGUACACUGCAAAAACUUUCUUAUUAAAACAGACUACACUUUCC